UCGAUUGAAAUCGAAUUGAAUGCCGGUAUUUGAAUUUCAACCUGUAAUUUCAACAUUUCAACGCAAUAAAACAGCCGAUAUUUGUACAAAACUAUUCAGUUUUUGUGUUAUCUUAUUUAUUUUUGAUAUUAACAAUGGAUCACGAUGAUUUUGAGGACAGUGAAUUCCCCGACAACGACGAGUAUGUACCGUAUGUGAGAACCACAACACUUGAUUCCAAGUCAAAAGGCGCGAAAGUUAGCUUGUGGGGAAAAGUUACAAAGGUAUCUGCUAAUGAUGGAUUCUAUGUGAAAACUGGUAAUGACCAAGAGAUCCUUAUAAAAUUGAACAAGCCGUUGAGUGAACCGCUUGAAGGUUGGUACGAAAUUCAUGGUGUUUAUCAAGGGAACUGUAUCUUGUGCGACGAAUACAUACACUUUUCUGAAGAAAUGACCAAAAAUAUCGAUGUUGAGGGUUAUACGAAUUUGGCUUCUCUUUUGAUGGCUCUUGAUGAUCCAUGGAACUUAGGGGAAGGAGGAAUGGAUGGUGUAAAACCUAUGGAAUGAACAAGUGCCUUUUGUAAAUAGUAUUAAAUAAAACGUAUUUUUCUGUU